CUGAGCUUCUACAAUACGUCACGGUUCACCUUGCGUGACUGGCCUUAUAGUGACAUUGCAUCCUGAUCUGACCUCAGUCACGCAGUUUAACCUCAGCAGAAACAAAUUUUCAAAUUUACAUAAAUCUGUAUUGUUUCAUAUUCAGUAUUUUUAUAUUGAGUAUUGAAUCGUUUUUGGAGGGUUUGCGCUAUGGCCUCUGGUAAAUCUUACUUCAGUGCCACCGUACCCAGGAUUGUUGUGCAAAGUUUGUUUAAAAAGUAUGACACAGAUGGGAAUGGUCACCUAAGUAAAAAAGAAGUCCUACUCCUUCUGAAGGAUGACCUGGGAAUGGAUAACAAACAAGCUGAAGCCUGCUACAUGCUUGUUGACAAAGAUGGCGGGGGGAGCGUCUCCUUCGAGGAGUUUUUCUCUUGGCUUCGAAACGAAAAGGGCUUAGAAUGCGUCAAUGACAAUUCUAGGUACUACUAUAUAAGGAAAGCUAUCGACGAAUUCAAGAAAUAUGACAGAGACGGCAAUGGCACCAUUGAUAAAGACGAGCUGAAGCUCUUACUGAAAGCUGUUGACUACCGCCACGACUUAAACGAGGCACUCCGACAAUUGGAUACAAGCGGUGAUGGGAAAAUUUCAUUCCCUGAAUUUUUAGCCUGGCUGAACUGGUUACCAAACUGAAGUUCUCUACACCAAUGUUAUUUCCAUUGUUAGCUGUAGGUUGCAUACUGAAAGCAACUUAAGUGUUUACGAUUAUGUUUACGAUAAUUCAUAGAGUUUGAGUUACACUCGCUGUGUGCCUAUUGAUUAAGAAUAGUUUCAUGUGAUUGUAAAAAUUUUUGUAUAAAUAAAACUAUCAAAUUUAGACUACCCGUCAGCAGUGUUGUAGUAACUGCUCGUGCAAAGCUGUUUUCCUCGUUUUUACUGACUGAGAACCGAGAGAAAUUACACUCAACUCGCAGCAUAUUUAACACUUGAAUUAAAGGGGUAAUUUGAUUACCUGAGUUGUUAACGUAAAUUGGCCAC